UUACAAUACAAGAUAUUUAGAAAAAAACUUAAGAAAGGAGUAGAAAAUAACAAAAACUAAACGUUUACCCUCAACGCUUUCAAAGCACGUAUCGUUUGUAAUAAAAUUAAACACUAGUUUAUGCAUUCGGUUGCAUUUUAUUGAAAAUACGUCACCACAGUAACAAUCAACGUGAAAGAUGCUGGAAAAAAGUGACCGACUGCUGAGGUUUAAGAACGUAAAUGGCAAGAAUGUCAGUGUGGUUCGUGAGGUAUACAGGCGGGAUGACAUUCCGUGCCAGAGCACUUUGUGCAUAGGAGAUUGCACCAACACCAGUGCAAAAACAGGAGGACCCCCAGGAGUACUUCCAGGCAAUGUGACCCACUAUGUAAUGCCGGAUCCCCAGUCGGCGCGGGAAUAUCUGGAGAUCUUUGAGAACCCCCUCAUACGUGGGAUCAUCUUCACUCAGACAGCUGUUCAUAGUGUUCAGCACGAAGGCAGCCGUAGACUUCAUGCUCGACUGAAAUCCCUGGUGAAAGAUCCCCGGAAAGGCUCAGUCAUAUUCCACAAUGAGUUUCAGACUUAUGCAUACUGCGAAAGAAUGAAAGGAGAAAAACUCAGCCAGUGGCAUGUCAGGGCAACAUACAAGGCAGCAGACUGGUAUUAUAACCACCUUGCUGCCAAAAUGUCCAUAGUUAUGCUCACAGAGGACCAACAGUUUGCUCAUGACUAUGGACAUAGGACCACCAAUCUGUUUGUGAUGACAAUGAAGGACUAUCUGGCAGGCUUCUGGGAGGAAGUUAUACCGGGCAUUAUGGACCUUCAUCUUGCGCUUCAUGAUGUGUCAGCUAGCAAAACUAAAGAGGUCAGUGAAUAUAUUGGCUACCUGCCACAAGAUGUGCUAGGUGAUGGUGUGAAGACGGGGAAGUUUGUACAAGGCUUUCUACAGGUCAGCAAGAGCAAUGCCUCAUUGGAAGCCUUUGUGAGAAGAUCCAAAGUGGACAUGAGGGAAGACUCGGGCUCAGAUGUGCUGAUCCCAGGUAUGCCGGCCAGGAACAGGGCUGUGCAUGGGGACCUGGUGGUUGUGGAGAUCCUGCCAAGGUCACAGUGGCAGAGCAGGGCCAUACUGCUGCACUGAACCAGUAGCAAGGAAGUUGCUGGGGACAGUGUCAAGGGCAUGGGUGACAAGUCAGAGGUCAAGGUCACGGGUCGUGUGGUAGGGAUCACUCAGAGAAACUGGAGGGAGUAUGUGGCGUGCUUUGCUCAGGAUGAGGAGGUUGGUAAGGGAGACAAGCGCGCAGGCAAGCUGCUGGUCAUACCCUGGGACUACAGAAUACCCAAGAUAAGGAUCAGCACACGCCAGGUGGACGCUCUCAAGGAUCACAGGAUAAUAGUUCGUCUAGACAGCUGGGAUGUGGAUUCAACGUAUCCCAAUGGACACUUUGUGCGCAGCCUUGGAAAGAUUGGGCACCUGGAGACUGAAAUAUCAGCAAUCUUAAUUGAGAACGACAUCAAAGUUCCCCCAUUCUCAGAAGCUCAGUUGAAAGAGCUGCCAGUGGACACCCCACAGGAGCCCUGGCAGAUGAGCCCAGAGGAGUUGGCAGCCAGAAGGGACCUCCGGGAGUCACACCUUGUCUUCAGUAUCGACCCCAAGGGAUGUGAGGACGUGGACGACACACUUUCUGUCAGGACAUUAGCCAAUGGCAACCUUGAACUAGGUGUGCACAUUGCCGAUGUGGCCCACUUUGUUCUGCCGGGCUCCCUGACAGACAUCGAAGCACAGUGCCGCUCUACAACGGUCUACCUGGCGGACAGACGCUAUGACAUGCUGCCUGGUAUACUAAGUGCCAACCUGUGUUCAUUGGUCAGUGGUGUAGACAGGUAUGCAGUCAGUGUCAUAUGGGAGCUUGACACAAGUCUGGAAUUGGUAGACGUGUGGUACGGACGCACGAUCAUACGCUCACAGUACAAACUGUUCUACGAGUUGGCUCAAGCCAUUCAUGAAGGUAUUGUGGAUGCUGAAGUAGUAAGGAACAUCCCAGAACUCCACAAUCUCUGGGGAGAAGAACUCGAUGACAAGGUUCAAGAGUUGCGUGGGGCAAUAGACCAGCUGAUGGGAAUUGCCCGGGGUCUGAAAGCCCGGCGGGUCAAGGGUGGGGCUCUUGAACUGGAGAGUGUGGAGGUCCAGGUUCAACUGUCUGAGACAAAGAGCAUUGAGAACCUUAACCCCAAACAGCACCUGGAGAUCCAUGACACUAUCGCAGAGUGCAUGAUAUUUGCCAACCAUUGGGUCGCGAAGAAGAUAGCAGAGGUCUUCCCAACCCAAGCAUUGCUGCGCCAUCACCCUCUGCCUAAGGAAGAGCAGUUUGCAAACCUUCACCACUGUGCAAUGUCCAGGGGAUUUGAAGUACGGACGUCAACCAACAAGAUCCUGGCGUCCUCCUUGGACCAGUGUGUUGACCCUGAAGAUUCCACUGUUAACAAAAUCAUGAGAAUGCUUGCUACCCAUGCGAUGUCCAAUGCGGCCUACUUCUGUACAGGCAUCCUGGCCCAUGACCAGUUCUUCCAUUACGGCCUGGCUCUGGACUUGUACACGCAUUUCACAUCUCCAAUCAGGCGAUAUGCCGAUAUCAUUGUACAUCGUCAGUUACUUGCAGCGGUGGCCAGGGAUGGUGACACAUUGAACCUCCCCAACUGCACAGAACUUGAUAAUCUCUCACAACACAUCAACAAAAAACACAGAUCAUCACAAUACGCCCAGCGCGAGUCCCAAGAACUCUUCCAGUGCCUCUAUUUCCGUAGUCAUGGCACUGAUGAUGAGAACUGUGUAGUUGAUGCAAUCAUUUUCCAGUUACGACUAAACGGUCUUCUUGUAUUUAUUCCAAGGUAUGGUAUAAAGGGCCCAGUGUACUUGAGGAGUAAACAGGGGGAGGUGUUGUAUCUGCCGGACACUGGUUCCCCUGUGUGGAGCAGUGGUCAGCUCAUCAAACAGAACACCCACAUCAUAGUGGACAGUGUCCUGGGUCAGCAGAAGUAUGACCUGCUGAACCACAUCACGGUUAAGCUAAGCCUUCAGGAUUCCUGGGCACACGCAUCAUCGCUGCGUCUAGAGCUUGUGUCCAAUAUGCCUCUUAAGAAGCCAGCAGCAAGCAUGGAAGACGUUGCAAAACAGACGAAGGCAUCCAUCAUUCAGGAAGUCACAAGUGAAGCAGUUGAGAAGAGGCUGCAGUUGGAAUCGUACGACCUUGGGCCCAACUUUCAGCAACUGAAGCAGGAGUAUGGGCAAUCCACUUCCAGUCUCUAUAAGCUGUUUUCAGAACUAAAGACAACAGCUAUGAAAUCAGUGACUUGAUUCCUCCAAACAACAUUAUGUAAAAGGAAACACAUUUGAUUUACCAUAUUAGAGGAGGGCAAUUCACUACCAGUCUCUUUGAGCUGUUUUCAGAACUGACAACAACAGCUAUGAAAUCAGUGACAUGAUCUCUCAAAACAAUAUUAUCUUAUGUAUGGAAAAAAAUUAAAUUUGAUUUACCAUAUUAGUGGAAUGGUUUUUUACCAUAUUAGUGGAAUGGUUUUAAUGCGUUUUCUUACAGAUAAAUGGAGAAAAUUAAA